AUGAUGCCCUCUUCAGCUGCGGCAGGUAUUAUUAUUGCUUCACAGUUCUCGCUUAAUUUGCAUAAUGGAGCGACGCCCCCCGAGAACAAAAGAGGGAUGGUAUCAGCUAUCAAAACUAAUAAUUCAUUACAAUGUGCUGUCUGAUGUGUAGUAUAGUCAUUUCAGCAGUGAAUUGCUGGUAGGUGUCUAUGUAGCUUCAUUCGGCUUUUGAAAGUGUAGAGGUCAAUUUGAACUUGAACUUGCGUUUCGUUAAGCCGAUCUGUUCCUAUUUUCACUUUCACUUCUCCCCCUUGUUUUGCUUCGACUUGAUUUUGAGAAACCGAGAGAGAAAGUAAGAGAAAAAGAGGUUGUACGCCGGUCACAUCGGUUCCGAGACGGUUCUUUUUUUCAGGAGACGGAAGACGUGAAAACUGGUAACCUUGAGGGGCGGCGCUUAAACUACUUCCUCUGGACCGAGUUUCUCAAUCAGUUCAUUUCAGCGGCGCGGCCGUCGAGUUGGUGGGCACGGAAUCAGUAUCACCGUCAUGCUCUGUGCCUGCUAAUGGCUAUGAACGUGGUUCUCAGUACUAUUAUUCUCAUACUUUUUGUCGAGUAUGUUCAGGUAACUGCUACAGUAAUCUUCCUCAAUUCAACUAACUCCUAGCCGGCUAUCAACAUCAAUGAGGGCAGUGGGAAUGACGAUUUGAUUGAGGAAAACAUCUGGAACGACGUGGACGACAAAGUGGUGGAAGCCCUCGGUGGCCCAGACGACGGUCAGUUCUUUCUCGCGUUUUGAUGUUCUCAAAAUCGUCGAUGUUCAGAACUUUUGACAGAUCAUGUGUGUAACGAAUCAACAAUCACUCAGCUACAGCGCGAAAUCAUUCUGACAACGCACAAUGAAUUGCGAAGAUCGUUGGCUUUUGGAAAGCAGAGAAACAAGAGAGGUCUCAUGAAUAGUGCGAGAAAUAUGUACAAACUGGUAUGAUUCCAUGUAGAACCACACGUGAAUCCCUGUUUUUCUUGUUGCCUAGGAUUGGGAUUGCGAGCUCGCCGAAAUGGCUGCCAACUGGUCGUCUUCCUGCCCGCAAUACUUCAUGCCUCAGACCGCACUCGGGUCAAACGCUCAACUUUUCAAGCGGUGACCGGUUCACACUUGAACCCCUACUCAACUGUUGUCUUGUUUUCAGUUUCUAUUUCUAUUUUGACGGACAUGAUUCGACGGUUCAUAUGAGGAACGCGAUGAAGACGUGGUGGCAGCAGGGUGAGGAGAGGGGCAAUGAGGACCACAAAAACAGAUUCUACGCGCGACGAAACUACUUUGGAUGGGCAAAUGUAACUUUUAAUACUCAAUUGAUCACAAAAAAUGCGUAUUUUGCAGAUGGCAAAAGGAAAAACGUACCGAGUUGGAUGCUCUUAUGUCAUGUGCCCUGAUUCCCAGUCAGCUCUGUUUACAUGCUUAUACAAUGAAAAGUAUUUUAUGUUUUGCUGAAUGUUUUGAAUCAACUACUGUUCCAGAGCCCAAUGCGAAAAAGAGAUGAUAUAUGAGAACGGAAAACCGUGUUGUGACGACAAGGAUUGCUUCACCUACCCUGGAUCGAAGUGUCUCAUUCCGGAAGGCCUGUGUCAAGCACCACAGAUUCCAAAAGGUAUGAAAAGGCGCCGAACUUCUUCAGUUCCACUUUUUUCCAGAUGACGGAAACAGUAGUCAGUGUGACAACCCAUUAGUAUCGGAUUUGACAAGAAAAUGGACAUUGGACCAGCAUAACUUUUACAGGUACUUAACCUUAAAUAAAAGUGAUUUUAUAGUUACUAAAAAAAUAAUAACAGGUCGCGGUUGGCUCGAGGAUUAGAGUGGAAUGGUGAAACGAACAGUUCUCAGCCGAAAGCAAGUCAGAUGAUAAAAAUGGUACUGCGAAAAAAAAGUUGUGAAAUUUUCUGUGAAAAAUGAGGAUUCUCAGGAAUAUGACUGUUUACUGGAACGGUAUGCACAGAACUGGGCCAACAAUUGCGUGUUCGCGCAUUCAGCCCAUUACGAACGACCAAAUCAGGGCCAAAACCUGUAUAUGAGUUCAUUCUCGAAUCCAGACCCGCGCAGUCUCAUACACACGGUAAUUGAUCGAUCUGUUCCUUUGAACCGUUAUCAUUAUCAAUCAAAAAACUGCUUAAGGCCGUCGAGAAGUGGUGGCAGGAAUUGGAGGAGUUCGGUACGCCGAUUGAUAACGUUCUGACGCCCGAACUGUGGGACCUAAAAGGGAAAGCGAUUGGACAUUACACUCAGGUUUAGUAGCCGCCGUAAUUUGAUAACAAGUUGAUGGUUCUUCAGAUGGCAUGGGAUCGCACUUAUCGACUUGGUUGCGGAAUCGCCAACUGCCCGAAGAUGUCGUAUGUUGUGUGUCACUAUGGACCAGCGUAAGUUGCCACUUUUCUCUUUUCUCUGUAUCGCACGCAAUCAGUUUUUUUGCAGAGGCAACCGAAAAAACAACAAAAUCUAUGAGAUCGGUGAUCCCUGCGAAAUCGACGAUGAUUGCCCGAUUGGAACCGAUUGUGAAAAGACAACAUCUUUAUGUGUGAUCUCAAAAUCAAAAUAG